AUGCAGUACAUGACCAUCAUCGCUUUCCUCGCCGCCACUGUGGCCGCUGCCCCCCCUUCGCACAAUGUCCGAAACAACCCUUCCAUCGACCAGAUCACCGUCGCCCAGGCUAACAACGCUUGCGGUAACAACAUGUCGGUCACUUGCUGCAACAAGGUUACCAACACCCCAGCUGGUAACGCUAUUGGCAACGGUGCUGGUAUCCUCAACAACCUGAGCCUGUUCGAUCAGUGCUCCAAGCUCCAGGUUGACGUUCUCGCCAUUGCCAAUGGCCUCCUUAACAAGGAGUGUCAAGCUAACGCGGCCUGCUGCCAAAACAGUGGCUCCAACGCCCAGGGAGGUCUUGUCAACGUCGCCCUUCCUUGCAUUGCUCUCAGCAGCCUUCUUUAG